AUGACCGAAAAGGAGCAGCACGUUAAACGCUCUGACUGUGGCACAGUGAUAACAGAGCUCUUUAUUGACAGCUCUGCCUCUUUCUCAUUCAACAGCAGGCUUCAGAUGCUUUCAAAGGACAAGGCAGCCAAGUAUAAAAUACAAAAUAAUAAGGCACCUGUACUCUCAAAAUCAAAAGUUGUUAUUUCCCUCUAUAAUUUCUGCUGUUUUGCUGGAUAUCAAUUCUUCAUCCUGAAAGAAGAAAAGGAUAUGAAUGUGAAUAAUAUUGCGAAUCAGUGUAAUUAUAUUCCUAGUUCUGUAUGUAUAGAUGGACAAAAAGGAGAGUUUUGUGCUGAAAGAAAUUAUUCUUUUCGGUCUCCUUCUUAUUAUGAAUCUAUAAUAUCACAUCUUCUUAAUCAGUCACAAGUAAAUAGUGAGCUAGAUCCAAGCUUUCUUCUCCCCUCCUCACAGAAAACUGAACACACAUCUUCUAAGGAAGCCAUUGCCAUGAGUCCACUGCCUGUCUAUGGCUUUAGUAACACAAAUCAAUUCCAUAAUGAACACCUACAAGCUAAGAGGGCUAGAGUGGAAAAUAUUAUCCAGGGAAUGAAUAUCAUGCCAAACCCGAUAGUGUCUGAUACUCUAGAGGAAGAGGAUCAACACAAUUUUGAGAAAGUAAAGGAGAGCUAUAGACAGAACAAGAGGAAGCAGAAACUUCCUCAACAACAAAGUUUGCCAGGAAUUUCCCUGACAAGACCUCAUAGAAGCAGCAUCUCAGCAGAAGAAUUCCUUCAGCUGAAAAAACAGCUCCAUGCUUUGCAACAUCAGCUGAAGCAACUUCGAGAGAGGUUUCUUCAAUGUUAUGAGGAAAAGGACUCUAGUCCAAGCCAAGAAAGUAUAGAGAGAACUAUGGCCUUGUUGAAGAUGUAUGACCCUAAGUUAGAUACCAACAGUCCAGUGUUGUGCUGUGACCAACAUAAAGAUUAUUUAUGGAAAAGCACACCUAAGAUAAGAGGGUUUGUGCUGUCAGAGAAAGAAGAUACAGACAUUCAAAAUUUGGAAGAAACAACACUUUCAGAAAUAUUAAAACAAGAAUUAAUACAGGUAAUGACACAUGCUGUAGACAGAGUUUUGAAAAAGGUCUUGCCUAAAUCAUCAAGCCUUCAAUCCCAAUUGCCCAAUAAUUCCAUAGGGACAGAUCCUGGAGGAAAUACAUCCAGUAAGUGGCUUCCCAAACCUCCAGGCUUUCCUAUACAUCCCAUCCAAUCAAAAAUGGAGAGAAAACCUUGCCAAAUGGCACCAGUGAAUUACCCCUUGAUCUUGGCUUCUGAAGUUCAAGAGCACGGUAUUCUUAGCCAAAUGCUAUUCUGUGGUCAAAAAGGCCAUUGGGACAGUCCUCCUCCAGGAAUGGUAACUCCUGAGUCCUUAGAAGUGCCAUGGCAACCAAUCAAACUGAAAUCAUCAGUCAUGAAACAACAAUAUCCAGCAUCCCAUAAAUCUGAAGUGGAAAGUUUGGCUUCUCUUCCUUCUACAAAUGCAGUGUUUGCUGAAAUGCAUGCCAUGGUGGAUGGAGUGUACUUCUCAGCAAGACAUAUAUCCUUUGAGGAUUAAAUCCAGGAAGCUUUGACCCCUGGCCAUCUGAAAAAGGCUAAACUGAUGUUCUUCUUCUCUCGCUAUCCCACAUCUUCCCUAUUGAAAGCUUAUUUUCUAGAUAUACAGUUCACUCGCUGUAUCACCUCCCAACUCAUCAAGUGGUUUAGCAAUUUCCGUGAAUUUUAUUACAUCCAGAUGGAAAAGUUUGCGAGGCAAGCCGUCUUGGAAGGAAUUACAGAAGUCAAUGAUCUCAUUGUUAUCAGGGACUCUGAGCUCUUCCGGAUCCUUAAUGUCCAUUACAACAAAGGAAAUGAUUUUGAGGUUCCUGAUGGUUUCUUGGAUGUUGCCAGUCUGACCCUUCAGGAGUUCUUUAGUGCUAUCAGAGCAGGGCGGGACUUGGAUCCUUCCUGGAAAAAACCAAUUUACAAAAUAAUUUCCAAACUUGAUAGUGAGAUCCCAGAUGUAUUUAAAUCCUCUAACUGCCCUAAGGAAUUUACCCAAGGUUAAUGUACAAUAAUCAUGGCAGCCAGCAUGUGACUGAAAUGAUUGCACAUUCACUGCUGUGUAAGUUUUGACUACAUACUAACACAGCAAUUGAAAUCUGAAUCAACAGAGAAAGCAUUAUCAGUAUUCUAAUAUUUUAUAAAUAUAUGAAAGGGACAUUUUUGGAAUAUCUGCAGGAACUUUUUCUGCUGUAUCUCUAAAUGGUAAUGUCAGUU